AUGGCUCCAUUCAUUGGUAAUGUGCCCGAAGAGAGCUCGGAGGCUUAUCCCGACAUCUCUAUUGCCAUUGACCGUGGCGGCACUUUCUGCGAUGUCAUCGCUAAGAUUGAAGGCCGGGAAAAUAUCAUCUUGAAGCUUCUCUCGGAAGACCCGAAUAAUUACCCUGAUGCGCCGACCGAAGCGAUACGCAGAGUCCUGGAAAUUGCCGAAGGUCGUCAUAUCCCUAUUGGCGAGAAGCUUGAUGGAUCUAGAAUUGGUAUGAUUCCAAGAAUCGGCACCACCGUUGCGACGAAUGCCCUUUUGGAACAUAAGGGUGAGAAGUUCGCCUUCGUGACAACCAAGGGUUUCAAAGAUAUUUGUGUGAUCAAUGAUCAAACACGCCCUAAGCUAUUUGCUCUAAGAGUUGAAAAAGCCAAGGCUCUACACGACAAGGUCAUCGAAAUCGACGAGCGCAUCACUGUCGAAGAUUACGACCUUAAUCCGUUUCCUGUGGACAAGAAAGCCGCCAUUACUGAUCCAGAUCUUGUUCGCACUCAAAGUGGAGAAAUCGUCCGGAUUCUCAAGAAAGUCAAUGUUGAUGAAGUCCGCACACAGCUUCAGGCUUUGAGAGAUGAAGGAUACACCUCAAUCGCCAUUGCCCUAAUCCACUCUUAUCUGUAUCCAGACCACGAGAACCUCGUUGCGUCUUUAGCCAAAGCGGUUGGCUUCCAAUACAUCACCACGUCGUACGAAACAAGCCCAGUCGUGAAGUACCUUCGAAGAAGCACUUCCGUAUGCUCGGAAGCCUACCUAUACCCGGUCAUCCGGAGAUACGUAGAAAACUUCGAGAGUGGGUUCAAGAAACUGCCCCAGCGUGUCGAGUUCAUGUGCUCAGACGGUGGUCUCAAACAGGCCCAAAAGUUCCGCGGUAACGAGGCUUUGCUCAGUGGUCCGGCAGGCGGUGUCGUCGGCAUUGCUAAGGCAUGUUUCGAUGAGGAGGAACCUACGGCACUGAUCGGAUUUGACAUGGGCGGCACGAGCACUGAUGUCUCUCGAUUUGAUGGCAAAUACGACUAUCUUUCUGAGUCCCGCAUUGCGGAUCGCUCGAUCACUGUGCCCAUGCUUAAUAUUCAGACCGUUGCUGCUGGAGGCGGCUCGAUCCUGUUCGCAAGGAAUGGACUGCUGGUAGUCGGUCCUGAAAGCGCCGGAGCUUACCCCGGACCAGCGAGUUACAGAAAUGGGGGUCCUCUCACUGUCACAGAUGCCAAUUUGUUCCUUGGACGUCUUGAUCUUUCUUCAUUCCCCGCAAUCUUCGGGAAGAACGCCGAUGAACCUCUCGAUGUUGAAGUUGUCAAGCAAAAGUUCAAGGAAAUUACAGAAGAGUUCAAUGCCCAGACCUCCCAAGCCCUGACUCCUGAAGAGGUUGCUGCUGGCUUUUUGAACAUUGCCAAUGAAACGAUGAGCAGACCAAUCCGAAACGCUACCGAGGCAAGAGGAUAUGCUCCGGAGAAGCACAACCUUGUUAGUUUUGGUGGAGCUGGCGGUCAACAUGCAUGCUCUAUCGCAGAUAAACUCGGAAUUAAUCGCAUCAUCAUCCACAAGUGGUCGUCCCUGUUGUCAGCCUACGGCAUCUCUCAGUCUCAACUUCAAUUUGACACAUCCGAGCCCUACGCCGGCAACUUCACGAUGGAAGAGCUGCCUCGUAUACGGGAGCGUAUGGCGAGCCUCAAGCAAAAGGUUCGCGAUGAGCUCAUUGCACAAGGAGCCAACGAAAUAUCACUGCAAUUUGAUGAGUCUCUUAGCCUGCGGUACUUUGGUACCGACACAACUCUGGCGAUAUCAAAGCCAGUAGAUGAGGAUUACGGAGCAGCUUUCAUUGCAGAACAUCUGCGCGAGUUCGCCUUUGUUCUUGGACGAACUAUUGUGAUCGAUUCCGUACAAGUCCGUGGUACGGGAAGUGCCGGUGUUGUAACCAAGAGCAUAGCCCCAACCAAGGAGUUAGGUCGCGUCAAGUCCAAGCCAGUAUCAGCCCCCUCUGCAGAGCAACAAAGGCUGUAUGUGGACGGAGCAUGGAGGGAUUCAAACAUCUAUCAUUUAGCAGAUGUUCCUAAAGAAACUAUUGUCGAUGGACCGGCUCUUAUUCUCGACGCAACCCAAACAAUUCUAGUCCAACCGCAUUUCCGUGCGUACAUAUUAUCCAACCAUGUCAUUAUCGAGAAAUUCAACACCUCACUCGUCCAGAAGGCUGUCUCGGCAGAUGAGUUCAGCCACAUCCAAUUAUCAGUCUUCGCACAUCGUAUUAGAGAAAGACUUGAUUUCUCAUGUGCGAUCUUCUCGCCGGACGGACAGCUCGUGGCUAAUGCACCUCAUAUCCCUAUUCACUUAGGAAGCAUGCAGAUGGCUAUCCAGUCACAACACAGGCACUGGCUUGGUAAGCUGCAACCUGGUGAUGUGGUCAUGACAAACCAUCCAGAGUGGGGUGGCACUCACUUGCCUGACAUUACCGUGGUCACGCCGGUAUUUGUCAACAAUCAAAUUGCAUUUUAUACGGCUAGCAGAGGUCAUCAUACUGACAUCGGCGGAAAGGGCAUCACUUCAAUGAUGCCAGAUUCUAAGGAACUAUGGGAGGAAGGCCUCAAUGUCAAGACAAUGAAGAUCGUCAGUGGAGGCGAGUUUCUCGAGAAAGAAGUGCGCGAAGCUUUUGCGCUCGCUGGGAGUUUCCCGGGUUGCAGUCCCACCCGCCGAAUCCAGGACAACAUUUCCGACCUCAAGGCCCAGAUCUCAGCCAACCAGCGUGGUAUCCUUCUACUGCAGAAACUUUGUGAUGAGUUCACUCUCCCCGUCGUACAUCGAUACAUGGCUGGCAUCCAGGCAAAUGCCGAGGUGGCCGUCCGUAAAUACCUAAAACAAAUGGCGAAGGAGCAUCCUGACGGUUUGACUUCGUCUGAUUUCUUCGACAAUGGCACUGAGUUGAAGUUGAAAAUUACUAUCAACCCUGACACUGGUUCUGCUGUGUUUGACUUCGAUGGUACUGGAGCGGAGUGCUGGGGUAACAUCAAUUGCCCUAUCUCAGUCACGCAUUCCGCGGUUAUCUACAGUGUUCGGUGUCUUAUCGAUCUCGAAAUCCCCUUGAAUCAAGGAUGUCUUACACCUAUCGAGAUUCGUGUUCCUAAGGGAACAAUUCUCAACCCCACCCCAUCAGUUGCUAUUUGUGGAAGUACAACUGCCAGCCAACGCAUCAUCGAUGUCAUUCUUCGCGCCUUCAAGCGUGUUGCUGCGUUUCAAGGCUGUGCUAGUCCCUUUGGCUGGGGCAUGGGCGGCCGCAACCCAGCUACAGGUGAAAUCGAGCCUGGCUGGAAUUAUGGCGAGUCCAUUGGCGGCGGUGCCGGUGCCGGGCCUGGUUGGCAUGGUGAAUCUGCUGUGCAUGUUCACUCUACCAAUACGAAGAUCACAGAUGCCGAAAUAAUAGAGAAACGAACACAGGUCAUUGUCCGCCGGCAUGAAAUCAAUCGCGGAACUGGUGGCCGUGGCAAAUGGAAUGGAGGUGAUGGUAUCACUCGUGAGGUUGAAGCCAGAAUUCCCCUGAAAUCCAGCAUUUUGAGUGAGCGUAGAGUCUUCCCACCUUAUGGUAUGGAUGGUGGAGAGCCCGGGAGUGUCGGUAAAAACUACGUAUUCAGGUGGAAUGGCGAAGGUGGUAUGGACAAAAUCAACCUAGGGGGACAGGCGGUCGUAAAUCUUAGACCUGGUGAGAGAAUCCAGAUCAACACUCCAGGUGGAGGCGGCUGGGGCAAGCCGGACUCGUAA